AUGGCUGGAGACCCAAGAAUAAGCGACAAAGAGCUUGCAGCAAUCAAUGCUGCUGCGGUGACGCGGGAAUACAGCGUUCAACCGCACCUGGACUACCGUACCGUCUCUGCCGUUAACGGUCCGCUGGUCGUACUAGAUAACGUCAAGUUCCCAUCAUACAAUGAGAUCGUCCAGCUCACGCUACCGGAUGGUACGAAACGCGGAGGACAGGUGCUAGAGGUGCAGGGGAAGAAGGCCAUCGUGCAGGUGUUUGAGGGGACGUCAGGAGUCGAUGUCAAGGCCACGCAUGUCGAGUUCACGGGAAGCAGCAUGAAGCUGCCUGUCGCGGAAGACAUGCUGGGGCGGAUAUUCAACGGUUCCGGCUUGCCCAUUGACCAGGGUCCAAAAGUGUUCGCGGAGGACUACUUGGACAUUAACGGCUCUCCAAUUAACCCGUUUUCUCGUAUAUACCCCGAAGAAAUGAUCCAGACAGGUAUCUCAACCAUUGACACGAUGAACUCUAUUGCUCGUGGCCAGAAGAUUCCCAUCUUCUCUGCGGCUGGUCUGCCGCACAAUGAAAUUGCUGCCCAGAUCGUGCGGCAAGCCGGCCUGGUGAAGCGGCCAACGAAGGACGUCCACGACGGGCACGAGGACAACUUCUCGGUCGUCUUCGCCGCCAUGGGUGUCAACAUGGAGACGGCGCGGUUUUUCAAGCAGGACUUCGAGGAGAACGGCAGUCUGGACCGUGUGACGCUCUUCCUCAACCUCGCGAACGACCCUACGAUCGAGCGAAUCAUCACGCCGCGUCUCGCGCUCACCACCGCCGAGUACUACGCGUACCAGCUCGAGAAGCACGUCCUGGUCAUCCUGACGGACAUGUCGUCAUACGCGGACGCGCUGCGCGAGGCAAGCACGGAGGUCUCGGCCGCCCGAGAGGAGGUGCCCGGUCGCCGUGGCUAUCCUGGAUACAUGUACACGGAUUUGUCCACCAUCUACGAACGUGCUGGUCGUGUCGAGGGCCGCAAUGGAUCCAUCACUCAGAUUCCCAUUCUCACUAUGCCGAACGAUGAUAUCACGCACCCAAUCCCGGACCUGACAGGAUACAUCACCGAGGGCCAAAUCUUCGUCGACCGUAAUCUGCACAACCGUCAGAUCUAUCCGCCCAUUAACGUGCUCCCGUCACUCUCGCGGUUGAUGAAGAGUGCCAUCGGUGAGAAACUGACGAGAAAAGACCACGGCGACGUCUCAAACCAGCUGUACGCCAAGUACGCCAUCGGCCGUGAUGCCGCUGCCAUGAAGGCUGUCGUCGGUGAGGAGGCGCUGUCGCCCGAAGACAAGCUGGCACUCGAGUUCUUGGACAAGUUCGAGCGACAGUUCGUCGGACAAGGCGCGUACGAGUCGCGCACGAUCUUCGAGUCGCUCGACCUCGCGUGGAGCCUGCUGCGCAUCUUCCCCAAGGAGCAGCUGAACCGCAUCAGCCCGAAGAUCAUCGCCGAGUUCUACGGGCGCAAGGCGACGAAGAAGGCGACGGAGGACGGCGCGCAGGCGAACGGACAGGCGGAAGAGAAGCUCAUUGAUGUUGCGUGA